CACAGAUUAGAGCCACAGAGUAUAUGGAAGAGAGGAAUUGAAUAAUUUUUGAAAGAAAAUAUAUGUCAGACACGAGUUUUGCAAAAAAAAAAAAUGAGCUUGCAAAGGAAAUGGCCUAGUUUUACAAAUCUAUUGCUGGUGAUUUGUUUAGUAAGCGGCGAGCCCAAUGCCAUAGAUGUGGAACAGCUAGAAGACCUGCAAUUGUCUUUGGAUGAAAAUUUCCAGGCAUGUGAAAAUUUCUAUGGCCAUGCCUGUGGCAAUUGGCCCCUGUACCAUGCGAGUGAUAUAGAAAGUGAUUUGGAGGAAUAUUUGCGCUACAAACAUGUGCUGAAAUUCAAAAGUGUUUUAAAUCAAUCAUUUCCCAGGGAGAAACAAACCAAAAAGCCAAGGCAAAAUUUCAUUGGAAAGGCGGUGGCAUUUUUCUACUCCUGCCAAGAAGAGGUUAAUAAAUUGGAUUUUCUCAAGUACCUGGAUGUGUUAAAGCCGGGCCCUGGCUUGGAAUGGCCUUUGCUGGAGGUUAUACGCAGCCAGCAAAGACACGAGCCCUAUGUACCCCCACAAAUAUGGCCUUUGGGAAAAUUUGAUUUGUUUGCUCUGCUGGGAGAGUUAAUGAGCUAUGGUCUCAAUCAGGAAUUGGUGCAAAUGUCUUGGGUAACCAUAAACGAUAGACCCUCGCUGCAUUUGCAAAUACCUGAAAUGGCGGAUGUCGAUAGAAAUCUGUGGCAGAGUGUCUUCAAGAACAUGUCGCUGCCCACCGAGGUCAGAAGGAAAUACUUGGGAGAGCUGCUAAAGGUCCAUGAGCGUAUACAAAUGCUGUACGAAAACUAUUCCCAGAAAACCGAAAUGACUGAAUUUCAAAUUUCCUUUGCAGAACUGCAAAAGGAAUCGCCCCAUCUCUAUACGCUGGUGGAUAAAAUCGUGCCUCAGCAUUUGAGGACUGCCCACGAUGUGGUGCUUAUAACCGACUAUGAUUAUUUUCCCUUGCUGCUGGAGCAUUUCCAAAAUCCCUAUAAAAUUCAAAGACUUUGCAAUUACCUAAUGGUGAAAUUUUUAAUUUUCAUGAAGUACCAGGAUCACUCCAAUUGCUUUUACACCAUAAAAAAUAAACUGCAUUUGGCUUACGAUUAUCUGUUGUACAAGCAUGACUAUCUGCCGCAGGCAGAGGAUCUCAAUUGGCACAUAAACUCGCUCAACAAGAAAAUUUACAAACAAUUUGAGUCUUUGCUGAAGGAAAAUCGCCUAGAUUUGAGUGCCCAGCAACUGGAAUUUGUCCAAGAAAGGCUGUCUAAUAUCACCCUGAAUAUAGGCAAUUUACCCGACCACAUCAAUGAGACAUGGCUGGAGGAUUAUUUCUAUUAUCUCUCUGACAUGGACAUAGACAAUUUCUAUGGCAAUAAUCUGCAAGUACUGCGCCAUCAUCAGCUUGAGGCUCUCUGCUGCCCAAGGAAAGUUUUGUGCAGCCCCGAGUUGCCUGCCUUGCCUCAUUAUGAGCCUUUCAGUCAUGCCAUUAUCAUACCAUUUGCCUCCUUGUCCCUGCCCCUAUAUCAUCUCGAUAUGGAUCCCUUAUUUACUCUGUCAACAUUUGGCCAGACUUUGGCCCACACCUAUGUGCAAGCCCUGGAUGUGCAAAAUCUAUAUGCCAGCACUCCCCUAUUCAAGGAUAUUCAGGCCCAUCCCAGCGUUAGAUGUCUACAACUGAGAGAGCCCUCCAAAGAGAUCAACCAAAGAAUAGCCGACCUGGUAGCUGCCCGUGUAGCCUUUUUGGCCUAUCAGCAGGAAUAUAAAUAUAAUUUACAGCCAACAUUCUCCCCGCUCCCUUGGCAGAAGAUGUUUUUCCUGAAUUUGGCCCAUUUUUACUGUGUCAAGGAGCCUGACACAGUGGAUGAACUGCAUGAUUCGCCAGUAACGCGUCUCAAUCAAAUUGCCUUGAAUUUAGAGGUUUUCGGUGAAGUGUUUCAUUGUCCAAUGGGUAGCAAAAUGAAUCCGGCGAGGAAAUGUCGUUAUCUAUGAUGUAUGUUAGUUGUU